GUAAUUCCUGGUGCGGCCUCUGUGUGGCAGUAACGCUGCAUGUUGAAGUUUUGACCGCUUCAUUAGAAAGCAAGGAAGCGCCUGUACAGCAGCAGGGAAACUGUCAACUACCAGAAAUCGCUGUCUGUUGAUCAAUAUCUUAUCAGUGGCAUGCAAGAAAUGGAGGCUGGAGGAGAGGAGAGUCUGGAUGAGCAGGGAGCAGCAGCGGCGGCAGCAGAACCAAGCUUUUCUGGCCAAACUUCCACAAAGCCGGUUUGGGCUUUGCUGGAGGAAGCAGCCCAAAUGAAAACAGAAGGGAACGCUUUCUACUGGGAAAAGAACAUUCGCUCAGCAAUUGGGCGCUAUCACCGUGCUCUGCUGGUCCUCAGAGGCCUCGACUCUGAUGUGAUGACAUCAGUGAAACGAUUCAGACCUGAGACACCUGCCCUCACACCCCAACAGGAGUCCAUGCUGAGAAACACACAAGUUGACUGCUACAACAACUUAGCUGCCUGUUUGCUGCAGAAACAGAAUGUCGACUAUGCUCGUGUGCGUGAGUACAGCUUGCGUGUACUACAGUGGAGACCAGGUGAUGUCAAAGCACUGUACAGGGCAGGAGUAGCCACUCUGGAGAUGGGAGAUGCACAAACAGCCAAACAGUAUCUCACCCAGGCCUGCAGUGAGCAGCCUAAUGAUGCCAGUGUGAGGAAGCACCUACAAAGGGCUGAAGAGAAACUGAAUCAGGAGUUGCAGAAAGAGAGGGCCAUGUACCGAGGCAUGUUUUCCUCCAGCUUGAAAAGCAGCUCUGGAGAAGAGAGUAACCAAACCAGCACAGCUGGUGAGAGAGUUUAGCCUGCCAGCUCAACCAGCAAAAUAAAGCCUCAACCUGAGAGAGACUGUGUUCAGUCUUAACUGAUCACAACCCACUGAAGAAUGUUCACACAUCUUGGAUCACUAAUCACAUUACUGUGUCUCCUUUAGGUGCUAAUGAGAUGAGCUUUAGAAAGUAUGAAUUGUACAUCAUACAGAAUACUGGAAUGCGGUCAUCAGGAGAGCAAAGCUGUUGCUGCUGAAAAUAGAAAUGAUGGGAAACUAGUUUCCUAGCAACAGAGAAACAAAGUUUUAGCCCAAUAGAGCAAGAGUUUGGCUAUUUCACAAAAUGCUUCCGAAAGCUAAAGCGAGACUCCUAAUGCACUACUCCUUAUGUCUUUUAUUAUGUCUUCAUGCUUGGAGUUGUCUGGUCAGUGCUGUGAAUGUUGAUUUUGUAAAGUAUUAAGUAAAAUAUUUUUUAUAAA